AUGGGCAGAAUUACAAAAGAACAGGAGCAUAUUAAGAAGAUUACUCGCAAAGUCUCUGCCGAGAUUAAACCCAAUCAUUUAAAUGUUGCCGAUUAUCCAGUUGGUCUUGGGUUACGGGUGCAAGAAAUAAUCUCACUUUUAAAUCUUUCAUCCAAUAAAGAAUCGGAGAUGGUUGGAAUUUGUGGCAUUGGUGGAAUAGGUAAAUCAACAAUUGCAAGGGCUGUGUAUAAUUCAGUUGCUGAUAAUUUUGAUGGUUUAUGUUUUCUUCCUAAUGUUAGAGAAAUUUCUAACAAGCAUGGCUUGCCCCAACUUCAAGAGUUGUUACUCUAUAAAUUGGUGGGGGAGAAGAAACUCAGAUUGGGUGAUUUCAAUGAAGGAAUUCCAAUAAUAAAAAAUAGGCUCCAAAACAAGAAGAUUCUUUUAAUUCUUGAUGACGUUGAUGAAGUGGAGCAAUUAUGGGCAUUAGCUGCAAGCUGUGAGUGGUUUGGCCUUGGAAGUAGAAUUAUUAUCACGACAAGGGAUAAACAAUUACUAGCAAGUCUUGGAAUUCAAAAAAUUUAUUAUGUCGAGAUACUAAAUGCUGAUGACUCUCUUCAGUUAAUUGAAAGGCAUGCCUUUAAAAACCUUACGGGGUAUAUAGAUCAUUACAAGGAUGUUUUGAAUCGUGCCACAAAAUAUUCAGGUGGCCUUCCAUUAGCCUUGAUAAUGAUUGGCUCUCACUUAUGUGAUAAAAAAGCUGAUGAUUGGACUUCUGCAUUAAAUGAUUAUGAUGGAAUACGUCAUGAACGCGUUUUUGAAGUCCUUAAAGUAAGCUAUGAUGCUUUAAGCAGAGAACAGCACAAGGAAAUUUUUCUUGACCUGGCCUGUUUUUUUAACGGUGAGAAGUUGGGAGACGUCAUAAAUAUGUUGACGAGUUUUCGCGGUGUUGAUCCAACACAUGCUAUUAAUGUGUUGACGGAUAAAUCUCUAAUAAAGAUAGAAAAAGAUUGUGUGACAAUGCAUGACUUGAUUGAAGAUAUGGGUAAAGAAAUUGUUCGCCGACAAUCACCGAAAGAGCCCGGUAAACGUAACAGGUUAUGGCGUUAUGAAGACAUUCUUCAUGUCUUGCAAAAUAACACGGUUAGAGCACAACAUACAUGCCUCUUUAUUUAA